AUGGAGUUUCCUCCGAACCUUUUGCCAGACGAAGCGAGCCCAGAAUGGUUAAACAAAGGAGACAAUGCGUGGCAGUUAAUGGCAGCGACGGUGGUGGGUCUACAAAGCAUUCCAGGGCUGGUUAUUCUCUACGGAAGCCUCGUCAAAAAAACAUGGGCCAUUAACUCCGCUUUCAUGGCCUUCUACGCCUUCGCGGCGGUUCUUCUCUGCUGGGUUGCGUGGGGUUUCCGCAUGUCAUUCGGUGAGAAAAUGCUGUUCUUCUUGGGGAAACCAGGGGUGGCGCUGGACCAGGAGUUUCUUCUGGGGAAAGCGUUUCUGGGGCUCUUUCCCACCGCUACCAUGGUGGUUUUUCAGGGCGUGUUCGCGGCGAUUACUUUGAUCCUCAUAGCUGGGGCGUUGCUCGGGAGAAUGAACAUCCUUGCGUGGAUGCUGUUUGUUCCUCUUUGGGUUACUUUUUCGUACACGGUCACUGCGUUUAGCAUCUGGUGCCCCGAAGGAUGGUUGGCGAGGCUUGGAGUUAUUGAUUUCUCCGGUGGAUAUGUCAUUCACCUCUCUGCCGGAGUUGCCGGUUAUACUGCAGCUUAUUGGGUGGGUCCAAGAUGUGAGAAGGACAGAGAAAGGUUUCCAUCAAACAACAUGAUUGUAGGGCUCGCCGGCGCCGGCCUGCUUUGGAUGGGUUGGAGUGGGUUCAACGGUGGUGGUCCGUUCGUGGUGAGCACGGUGGCUUCUCUGGCCGUCCUUAACACACACGUGUGUGCCGCCGCUAGCAUCAUGGUGUGGGUUCUACUUGACACUUUAUACUUUGGUAAACCCACCGUGUUUGGCGCCAUACAAGGCAUGAUCACCGGCCUUGUUUGCAUCACACCUGCUGCAGGAGUUGUGCAGGGGUGGGCAGCGAUCUUGAUGGGUUUGAUCUCAGGAAGCGUUCCCUGGUACACAAUGAUGAUCCUCCAUAACAAGGUACCAUUCUUGAAACAAAUCGACGACCCCAUGGCGGUUUUCCACACCCACGCCGUCGCCGGUGCUCUCGGAGGAAUCCUCACCGGCCUCUUCGCCGUCCCUAAACUCUGCCGUCUCUUCUACAUGGUCCCCGAUUGGGAAAAAUACAUUGGCCUGGCCUAUGGCCUCCAGAACGGUGCAACUGGAGCGGGUUUAAGACAAAUGGGCAUCCAAAUCGGAGCCAUAGUUUUCGUCAUCAUCUUCAACUUCGUUACUACAAGCUUGAUUUGCUUGCUGGUGGGGGUCUUGGUACCUCUCAGACUUCACACCGAUGCGCUGCAAAUGGGUGACAAGGCAAUGCAUGGAGAAGAGGCUUUCGCUUUGAAUAAUGCUGACAAUGCCAAGUUUGAGAAUCUCAACCACAACAAAGUUUAUGAUACUCAAGACUUUUCCUUCGUUAGAGACCCAAAACCAUUGACUCAACUUCAAAUGGUAUGA